UAGUACAUGCAUUUAUGCUUUUACUGACUAAUAGUUGGAUGACUAAGGCACUGUUUUGAUCUAUUGUUUCCUGUUUUUCGUUUAGUUUGCAUUGAACCAAUUCUGUUCAUAAUGUUACCUUCACACUUUAAUUUACUGGAUUUUGGAGUAUUUGCAUCCGUUGUGAUAUUUGCACUUUUCUUGGCCAUAGUUUUUCUUUUGGGUUUCAGUACAAAAAAACGACAAACAAGUCUUCCUGGCAUUGAUUCAACUCAUCCUGAGAAGGGCAACCUUGAAGAUAUGCAAGAUGCUGGCAGUCUUCAUGAAUUUCUGUUGUCUUUACAUGAUAAUUAUGGACCUUUAGCAAGUUUUUGGUGGGGAACCCAACUUGUUGUUUCCAUAGCAUCACCAAAAAUGUUUGAUCAAGUGAAAGCCUUGUUUGACAGACCACCAAUGAUAUUUCAAUCAUUUGAAAAACUUAUUGGCAAAAAUAUUCAGUAUGCUAAUGGUGAUGAAGGAAGAAAAAGAAAACAAUUGAUGGAUCAAGGCCUCACUCAUUUGGCUGUAUCUUAUUAUUAUGAACACUUUCUCAAGGUUUCAACAGAACUCUGUGUAAAAUGGAAAAGUCAACCAUCAGAUGAACAGAUUCCCCUUACUCAGAAUAUGAUGGGAUUAAGCACAAAAGCAGUAACUAUUUCAGCAUUAGGAAGUGUAUUAACUGAUGAAGACAUUUCCAAAAUAUUCAAAUCUUACUGUGUUUUUAUUUCUGAAGAGGAAAAGAAGUUUGAAGGCGAUUUUCCUUUAAACGGGGAUGGUCGAGAGGAGAAAAUCAAUAAAAAUAUAAAUUUCUUACAAAGUUUUGUGAAAAAAAUAAUACAUGAGAGACGUACUCUAGACAAGAGACCAGACCAUACAUUGUUAGAUUCACUCAUAGACGCUGAUUUUAUUGAUGAAGAAGAGUUGGUUGAUCAAUGUCUGACAUUGUUGAUUGGAGGUUUUCAUACAGUUGGCAGUACCUUAUCUUGGUGUUUAUAUUUCUUGGCGACACAUGAGGACAUGCAAGAAAAGUUACACGAGGAAUUUGUCAACGUAUUAGGAGAGGAAGAUAUAACAGCUGAUGUUUUGCCACAACUUAAAUAUUGUAGACAAGUUAUAAACGAAACAAUGCGAUGUUGCGCCCUUGCACCUUUUGCUGCAAGAUACGCAGAUGAUGACGUUCAAAUUGGAGAAUAUAUAAUACCCAAGCAGACUCCAAUAAUUCUUGCCCUUGGAGUUGUGUUAAAAGAUAAAAUAAUUUGGCCUGAUCCAGACAGAUUUGAUCCCGAUCGCUUUACUGAAGAGGAAGUAAAAACACGCCACCCAAUGGCAUUUCAACCAUUUGGUUUUGCAGGCAAACGUAAAUGUGUUGGUUAUCGUUUUGCCUACGCUGAAACAACAGUUGUACUUUCAGUUUUGCUGCGUCAAUUUAAAUUUUAUCUUGUGGAUGGUCAGGUUGUUGAAGCAUCGUAUGGUAUAGUCUCGAAGCCAAAAGAUGAAGUGUGGAUUACUUUGUCAAAACGUUGAAUUUACGUCAGUUAUGACAAAAAGAGAAGAUGGCAUAUUGAUUUCACUUGAAAAUUAGCAUAUUGAAGACAUUUCAACACAUGACAUGUCAUAGGUUCUAAAAUAGACAAGAUGCAUGAGUAGUCAUUAAAAAGAAGCUGAUCAAACAGACUUUUCGACGUUGUUAAAAGCAAUUUUUUGUGUUAUGGUCAAUUGUUGAGUUAUUGGUUUGCAAUGUCAUUAAAUAUGUAAUUACAAAUGUUAAUGACUGUGAUUAUGACAUUAUUUUCUUAGAAAUAAAAUUUUGGAGCAAUA